AUGGAGGCAUUAACGGAGCUUUGCGACUUGAUCUCGCAUAAUCCUAAUCAAUAUUCCGCCAAAAUUACCUGGAUUUGCAAACGAUGCCCUGCACCGGAGUCGCUCCUCUCCGGUUCUCCUCGGAUUUCACGGUUCCAACUCAAUGCUCUUCUUGCAACGGCCAGAUUCAUCUCCAAAUGCCCUAAUUACGACGAUUCAAGCCCUCGGAAUACGGUUCUGGAGUUCAUUCGCUCGAUCCCAUCGUCGUUUGCCCAAUCAUUUUGGCCUAAGUCCUUUCCAAACGCAUCCAUUGCUUCAUUUUACAACGAAUUCUUAGGGUACGUCGUUAAAGCAACUGAACUGUAUCAGGAUUUUAGUACAGAAGUUGCAGGCUUCAUGGGAGGUAUUGUCUUCUCUGCUCUCAAUGACAAUGACAGGAGUUCCGAUUCAGUAAUUUCUAGGGCUUUCUUAUCCGCGUUGUCAGAGAGUUUUCCUCAGAUUAUGCCUGCAGAUGCCAACAAACUGGUUACAUCUUUACUUGAUUCCAUUGUUACUUCACCUGCUUCUAGUUCGUCAACUAAUGGAGAUAGUAAGGGAGUUUCAUCUUUCAACGAAGAGUCUAUGGAGCAAUUAGAGAAACAAGAGAUUGCCUUCCAAUUGAUUGAGCGCAUUCUUGAUAAAGUUCAGAUUGAUACCCAGCUUUUAGAACGUGUACGCCUUAUCUCAAAGGAUCAACUCCGAUUGAUGACUGCUUUUCUAAAGAUAAGGAAGCAUGAUUGGACAGAACAGGGUGCAGCACUGAAAGCUAAGAUUAAUACAAAGCUUUCUGUUUACAAAGCUGCAGCAAAGUUAAAAGUUAGAAGCCAUGUCUCAUGUGAGUUAGAUGGGAAGUCAUCAAAGAAACUGUUGCAUGGAGCUCUUGCUUUCCUUGUAGAAGCUGCAGAAGCUUGUCUGUAUUCAGUGUGGCGUAGGUUAAGGACAUGUGAAGAUCUUUUCAUCUCAUUGCUUGAUGGCAUCUCCAAAAUUGCUUUUUCACGUGGAGGUCAUCUACUAAGGGUUCUGCUAAUUCGAUUCAAACAACUUGUGCUAAUUACAUGUGCCCAGGCUGACACUGUGGCAAGUAGUCCGGGAGUUAUGUUUGAUAGUGUUUUAAAGACAAGCUGUGAGAUAAUUGAAUAUGGAUGGACCAAAGAUCGGGCUCCUGUGGAUACAUUUAUCAUGGGGUUAGCUACAAGCAUUCGUGAACACAAUGAUUAUGAGGAAAAGGAUGCUAAAGAUAAGAAGGCUGUUCCUACCAUACAGCUGAAUGUCAUCCGCUUGCUUGCAGAGCUAAAUGUACAAGUUAAUAAACCUGAAGUGGUUGACACAAUAUUGCCAUUAUUCAUUGAAAAUCUAGAGGAGGGUGAUGCUUCAACACCUGGAUCGUUGCGCCUCAGGAUUCUUGAUGCGGUUUCUCGCAUGGCAAGUUUAGGUUUUGAGAAGUCGUAUCGUGAAGUUGUUGUGCUAAUGAUGAGAAGUUACUUAAGCAAACUUACUAGCAUAGGAUCUGCUGAAAGCGAUAAGUUGUCAGAAGAAGCUAAUACAGAACGUCUUGAGACUCUUCCCGCAGGAUUUGAAUUAAUAGCUAGAGGCCUUACAAAUGGUCAACUACGGGUUGACUAUCGUCAGCGCCUUUUAUCAUUAUGCUCAGAUGUCGGCUUGGCUGCGGAGUCCAAAAGUGGAAGCAGCGGAGCUGAUUUUCUAGGGCCAUUACUUCCUGCGGUGGCUGAAAUAUGUUCUGAUUUUGAUCCUACAGCAGACGUUGAACCUUCCGUUUUGAAGUUAUUCCGCAACCUAUGGUUCUACAUCGCUCUUUUUGGUCUAGCGCCUCCAGUUACACCAACGAAGCCAAAUUCUACAACCUUGAACACUACAGGGAACACGACUGCAGUCGCUCUUCAAGCUGUAAGUGGACCUUACAUGUGGAGUCCUCAGUGGUCUUCUUCCGUUCAACGUAUUUCUCAAGGGACCCCACCCCUGGUGGUUAGCUCUGUGAAAUGGCUUGAAGAUGAGUUGGAACUUAAUGCUCUUCACAACCCUGGUAGUCGUCGAGGAAGUGGAAACGAAAAAGCUGCUGCAAAUCAAAGAGCAGCACUUUCUGCUGCUUUAGGUGGGCGCGUUGAGGUUUAUGCAAUGAGCACGAUUUCAGGAGUGAAGGCGACUUAUCUUCUUGCAGUUGCGAUUUUGGAAAUAAUACGGUUUAGCAGCAAUGGUGGACUCCUUAAUUGUGGUCCUACUUCUAUGGCUUCCAGGAGUGCCUUCAGCUGCGCUUUUGAGUAUCUCAAAAGUCCAAAUCUUGCACCUGCUGUUUUCCAGUGCUUAAUGGCCAUUGUCCACCGUGCAUUUGAGACAUCACUCUCAUGGCUGGAGGAUCAAGUAUUUGAGACAGGAUAUGCUAUGGAUGUUAAGGAGAUGACUCUCGCUGUCCAUGCAUGUUUUCUCAUAAAGAGUAUGUCUCAGAGAGAUGAACACAUCCGAGAUGUCUCAGUUAAACUCUUGUCUCUACUGAGGGAUAGAUUUCCACAGAUAUUGUGGAAUUCAUCUUGUCUGGAUUUUCUCCUAUUCUCUGUCCAUAAUGAUCCGCCUGCAGCUAUUGUUAGUGAUCCUACCUGGAUAGCUUCUGUUCGCUCAUUGUACCAAAAAAUUGUUCGCGAAUGGAUUAUCAUUUCCCUAUCACACGCUCCAUGCACAAGCCAGGGUCUUCUUCAGGAGAAACUUUGUAAAGCAAACACAUGGCAAAGAGCACAGCCAACGACAGAUGUUGUUUCUCUAUUGUCCGAGAUACGAAUCGGUACAGGCAAAAGCGAUUGCUGGAAUGGCACAAAAACUGCAAAUAUCCCGGCAGUGAUGGCUGCAGCAGCUGCUUCAUCAGGAGGAAAUCUCAAUCUAACAGAGGCGUUCAAUAUCGAAGUUCUUGGCACUGCUAUUGUUAGUGCCACGGUGAAAUGUAAUCAUUCUGGAGAGAUUGCUGGCAUGACAAGGCUGUAUGAGAAUAUGGAGAAAGCAGAUGAUGACUUUGAACCUACACCAACUCCUAGCGCUAGUGGUCUUUCAAGAUUGAUAUCCGGAGCUUUUCCUCAACCACCACAGCCCAAAAAAGAGUCCUUCGGUUCGAUACUACUUAAUAAAUUUGUCCGUCUUCUUCAAAAAUUUGUUUCCGGUGCAGAAAAAGGCGGCGAAGUGGACAAAGCUUCAUUCCGGGAAACAUGCUCCCAGGCGGCUGCACUGCUCCUCUCGACUCUGGAUGCGGAUUCGAAAACAAAUGUGGAGAGCUUCUCGCAACUUCUCCGGCUUCUUUGCUGGUGUCCGGCGUACAUUUCUACAAUCGAUGCUAUGGAGACUGGUAUAUUCAUAUGGACAUGGUUAGUUUCUGCUGCUCCUCAAUUGGGCCCUGUGGUACUCGCGGAGCUUGUUGAUGCAUGGUUAUGGACAAUCGAUACCAAGCGAGGUCUGUUUGCAUCUGACACGAGGUUCUCUGGACCAGCUGCCAAGUUAAGGCCUCAUCUUCAACCUAGUGAGCCCGAAUCACCGCCUGAAAAGGAUCCAGUUGAACAGAUUCUAGCACAUAAGCUAUGGAUCGGAUUUUUCAUUGACCGUUUUGAGGUAGUACGACAUGAUAGUCUGGUACAACUCUUGCUUCUUGGCAGGAUGUUACAAGGGACCACCAAACUUCCAUGGAAAUUUUCACACCAUCCAGCUGCUGCUGGUACGUUUUUCACAGUCAUGCUGCUUGGACUUAAAUUCUGCGCAUGCCAGUAUGAAGGGAACCUACAAAAAGUUAGAUUGGGAAUUCAGCUGCUGGAAGAUGGGAUUUAUCGGGCUGCAUUAGGCUGGUUUGCUUAUGAACCUGAAUGGUUUGAACAUGAUCAUGGAAAUUUUGCACACAGCGAGGCUCAAUCUGUUAAUUCAUUUGUUCACUAUCUCCAAAAUGAUCCAAAAGCACUGGGUGGCGAAUAUGGGGGAUCUUUGCUUGACAUGAAGGAUCAGUGUCACCCUGUUUGGGGACCAAUGGAGAACUAUGCAGCUUGUAGAGAUAAGAGGAAGCAGCUACUUUUAAUGUUAUGCCAGCAUGAAGCUGACAGGCUUGAAGUUUGGGCCCAACCUGUUAACUACAAAGAGAACACAUGUUAUAGGCCAAAAAUUACCUCAGAGAAAUGGGUUGAGUAUGCAAGAACUGCAUUUGCUGUUGAUCCUCGGAUUGCUUUCUCUUUGGGGGCUAGAUUUCCAACAAAUACUUGUCUAAAGGCAGAGAUUACUCAGUUGGUUCAGACACAUAUCUUGGAAAUCCGUAGCAUACCUGAGGCUUUACCAUAUUUUGUGACCCCUAAGGCUGUGGAUGAUAAUUCUCCUCUUUUGCAACAAUUACCAUACUGGGCUGCUUGUUCUAUUACAAUGGCUUUAGAGUUCUUUACUCCAGCAUACAAAGGUCAUCCACGUGUCAUGGCUUAUAUUCUCAGGGUAUUGGAAUCUUACCCUCCUUCCAAAGUAACCUUUUUCAUGCCCCAGCUCAUUCAAGCUUUGAGGUACGAUGAUGAGAAGUUGGUUGAAGGAUACUUGCUUAGAGCUGCUCAAAGGAGUGACGUGUUUGCACAUAUUCUAAUUUGGCAGUUACAGGGGGAGACGUGUGCACCAGAAGGUAAAGAAGUAAUAACUGCAAAGACACAAGAAUUUCUAGCUCUACUGCCCAUUGUUAGAGACCACAUUAUUGACGGUUUUACCCCCGAGGCACGUGAAGUGUUUCACAGAGAAUUUGAUUUCUUUGAAAAAGUCACCUCAAUAUCAGGUGCUCUCUAUCCACUCCCCAAAGAAGAAAGGAGAGCUGGCAUCAAGAGAGAGUUGGAAAAAAUUCAGUUACCUGGAGAUGAUUGUUAUCUACCUACAGCUCCUAGUAAGUUUGUGAGGGGUAUUCAGGUCAAUAGUGGAAUCCCUUUACAGUCAGCAGCAAAAGUCCCAAUUAUGAUCACUUUUGAUGUGGCUGAUCGAGAUGGGGACCCAAAAGAUAUAAAACCCCAAGCUUGUAUUUUUAAGGUUGGAGACGACUGUAGACAAGACGUGCUUGCUUUACAAGUAAUCUCACUUCUGAAAGACAUAUUUGAAGGGGUUGGACUCGCUCUUUAUUUAUAUCCGUACGGAGUGCUUCCAACCGACCCAGAAAGAGGCAUAAUCGAGGUUGUGCCAAAUUCACGUAGCAGAAGCCAAAUGGGUGAGACGACAGAUGGCGGUUUAUAUGAAAUAUUUCAACAGGAUUACGGGCCAGUUGGUUCUCCAGGUUUUGAAACUGCACGUGAGAAUUUUAUUGUGAGUAGCGCUGGUUAUGCUGUUGCCAGCUUGUUGCUUCAACCAAAAGAUAGACACAAUGGAAAUAUUUUAAUUGACAGUGUAGGUAGGCUUGUCCAUAUUGAUUUUGGUUUCAUCUUCGAGAUAUCACCUGGAGGGAACAUGCGGUUUGAAAGUGCUCAUUUUAAACUGAGUCAUGAGAUGACUCAGUUACUUGAUCCAUCUGGUGCCAUGAAAAGUGAUACUUGGCAUUUAUUUGAAAGUUUGUGUGUUAAGGGUUACCUUACUGCACGUCGGUAUAUGAAUGGGAUUAUAAACACGGUAUUGAUGAUGGUAGAAAGCGGGUUGCCUUGUUUUAGCAGAGGAGAUCCCAUUGGGAACUUGAGAAAAAGAUUUCGUCCAGAGAUGACUGAAAGAGAAGCUGCAAAUCACAUGAUUCAUAUAUGUGAGGAUGCCUAUAACAAAUGGACUACUGCUGGCUAUGAUCUUAUACAGUAUUUGCAACAGGGUAUCGAAAAGUGA